CCUAGAUUGUCUAUCUUCAAUCAAUUCCUCGUGCUUGGAAUACACGAUGGGACAAUUUGGUUUCACCGGACUAGUAUGCGGUCUGCUACUGUCCCUGGCAGCGGCUGAAGAUGGAUUUGCUGGCUGGUUGCGAUAUGCUCCCAUACCAUGUGAUACCUCUUGCCUCCAGAGACUACCUUCUAAACUCACCCUGCUCAACGCUACUACUGGAAGUCCAAUUGAAACAGCAGGUCUCGAAUUGAUUUCUGGGUUGCAAUCCAUAUUCUCGCAAAACUUGACAACCACGCAAUCACGCUGCGACGAAUCAUCUUCAAUCUUGGUUGCAACCGUCGAGGACUUCCGGCACGAAUGUAAUGCGACUACAGCCAUUCCCGAACUUGUUCAAGACGGCUUUUGGCUGCGAUCCACUGGUAGCAGUGUUCAGAUCCUAGGGCAGAGCGCACGAGGCGCCUUGUACGGAGCAUAUGAGUACCUGUCACUGUUAGCCCAGGGCAACUUCUCCCAUGUUGCUUAUUCAAGCAAUCCUCAUGCUCCAAUACGCUGGGUCAACCAGUGGGACAAUAUGGACGGCGUGAUUGAGAGAGGCUACGGCGGAUUAUCGAUAUUUUUCAAGAACGGGCGGGUCGUCGAUGACUUAGCGCCAGUCAAACAAUAUGCUCGCCUUCUGGCAUCCAUUAGAAUCAACGGUCUGAUUGUCAACAACGUCAAUGCGAAUGCCACUUUACUCUCUGCGGAGAACAUGAGAGGAUUAGGCCGGAUUGCAGAUGUAUGCCGGCCGUACGGUGUUCGAAUCGGCGUUUCGCUCAACUUCGCAUCUCCUGAAACUCUGGGCGGCUUGGACACUUUUGACCCGCUGGAUGCAACGGUUGUUAACUGGUGGAACAAUAUCACGAACAGCUUGUACGAACACGUCCCAGACUUGGCAGGGUAUCUAGUCAAAGCAGAUUCCGAAGGUCAGCCCGGCCCUAGCACAUACAACAGGACAUUGUCACAAGGUGCAAAUCUCUUUGCACGGGCUCUUCAACCGCACGGGGGUAUUUUAAUGUUCCGAGCUUUUGUCUAUGACAGUAACUUGAACGAGUCAGACUGGAAAGCAGACCGAGCCAAGGCAGCAGUGCAAUAUUUCAAAAACCUAGAUGGUGAAUUUGAAGAGAAUGCGGUCGUGCAGAUCAAAUACGGGCCCAUUGACUUUCAAGUACGCGAGCCCGUAUCGCCUCUCUUCGCCAAUCUUUUCGAGACGAAUACAGCCAUUGAGCUUGAGGUCAGCCAGGAAUAUCUAGGUCAACAGAACCAUCUUGUUUAUCUUCCCCCGCUCUGGAAAACUAUUCUCAAUUUCGACCUCCGAGUUGACCAUAAGCCCUCUCUGGUGCGGGAUAUCAUAUCCGGAGAACGGUUCAAUCGUACCUUGGGCGGUUGGGCGGCUGUUGUGAACGUGGGAACCAACACGACGUGGCUCGGAAGUCACAUUGCCAUGUCAAAUCUAUACGCAUACGGUCGCCUGGCUUGGUGCCCAACAGACGAUUCGGAGCGUAUUCUGCAUGACUGGACCCGUCUCACAUUCGGGACGAAUUCUCAAGUCAUCAACACGAUCACCAACAUCUCUAUGGCCUCUUGGCCUGCUUAUGAGCAAUACAGCGGCAAUCUAGGUAUUCAGACUCUAACAGACAUUCUCUACACCCACUAUGGGCCGAACCCCGCCUCGCAAGACAACAACGGCUGGGGUCAGUGGACCCGAGCAGACCACGAGACCGUGGGGAUGGAUCGAACCGUCGGGAACGGAACCGGAUAUACAGGUCAGUAUCCUACAGAGAUCGCCCAACGAUUCGAAUAUCUCAACUCCACCCCCGAUGAUCUGGUCCUCUGGUUUCACCAUGUUCCCUGGACCCAUCGACUGCACUCCGGGAAAACUGUCAUCCAGCACUUCUAUGACGCCCAUUACGCCGGCGCCGAGACAGCGCAGACCUUUGUUUCGCAGUGGGAGUCUCUGCGCGGGCUGGUUGACAAGGAAAGAUACGAUGCUGUACUUGAUCGGCUCGUUUACCAAGCUGGGCACUCCAUUGUAUGGCGAGACGCGGUCAACAACUUCUACUUCAACAUGACGGGAAUCCCUGAUCAGAAGAGGCGGGUGGGUCAACAUCCUUGGCGCAUUGAGGCGGAGAGCAUGGAGCUAGACGGCUACCGACUGUACACUGUCAGCCCAUUCGAAACGGCUUCCAAUGGGACGGCUAUUGUGACUUCAUCCAACUCCACGACUGGGACAGCGCGAACCACGCUCCACUUUCCAGCAAGUACGUACGACAUAGGCGUCAAUUACUAUGAUAUGUAUGGAGGUGAGUCGCACUGGACACUAAGUCUCAAUGACCAAGUGGUUGGUGAAUGGAUUGGCAAUAUGCGCAACCACACGUUGGGAAAUUCUGUCUCUAUCUACUUAGAUGGCCACUCGGCGACUAGGGUGAUUUUCCGAGGGGUCAAAGUUCAGAAGGGGGAUGAGCUGAAGAUCGUCGGAAGACCCGAUGGCGUUGAGCCUGCGCCGGUGGAUUAUGUUGUGCUACUACCAUCUGGAGUGGUGGAUUAGCCGGACAGAUGAGAUGGCUAGUGUAGGAAUCAUACUCUAAAUAAGCAACGGACGAACGUCCCUUCCAUACGCAUAGUGUACUCGAUGCGUACAAGAUCCUUAGAC